AUGUCUGUGACCAUCUCCAAAGUGACUGAUGCAGACUCCGGAACAUACCAGUGUGUUCUGAGGAGAUCACUGAUAAAAGAUGGUGUCGAAACAUUCAGGAUCAAAGUCACAAACAAUCCAGACGCAGCUGUAAAUCCCACUUUCACUCUCAGACCUGAACGUUCUCCUCACAGUUCCACUCCUGAGCAGCCGCAGAACAAAGAACCAGAGCCGAGCCUCCUCCUCCUCCUGCUCCUCCUGGUCCCUCUGGUCCUGAUGCUGUCUGUGGUCGUCUGCUACAAACAAAGGAAAUCAGACGAGAACGGAGCUGCACGGACUGAGGGAGUUGUGUAUGAGCCUUGUGCUGCUGCCACAGAGUCUGCAGACAUCACGUACCAGUCUCUCUGUGCAGAAACAAGAGAACACAACAUCUACAGCUCUCUGACCGCACCAGGAACACCUCCCCCUGGUGGUCAGCGUCUGUAA